UAUUUUGCUUAUAGAAUAAUGAUAUCUAAACGAUUUAUAUAUCCUUAUUCCUGUAAAAAGAAAAACAUUUAGUAAAUCUUGUUUCAACCUAUCUUUUUUAUAUCAUUUAUCUAUUCAUUAUUUGUUUCUCAUUUGGCUGAUAGUGGCGAUGCUGGGGUGUUUUUAUUUUCAAGGGGUUUAAAGAGACGCAAAAAUAUCUGACGGUUUGAACAUACCACAAAGUUCCACAUUGGUGGUUAUAUCCUCUUAUGGCAAGAGAAUUCAACAAUUUCUAAACAUGCAAGUCUAUUAUUUUUAAUAGUUCGGCUCCUUGGGUAUAGUAGGCAAGGAAUUCGUCGGAACUUCCUUUACCAAAAGAUUACACAUAAAGUUAAUUUUACUUUCUUAUGUGUCCCUUCAGGGACAUCCGAUUAAAAAAAAAGAAACUUUAAAUGUAUUGCAUAGUAGAUGUUAAAUUCACAUCGCUCUGUCGUGAAUUUACUUAAUUAUAUUUUGAAUCCCGUAGUGAACAUCACCGGUUCUGCCCCUGCCAUCACAGUCCACACCAAUUGUACGUGUAUUUAUUCUGUGUAUAUAUGCUUGUAAUGGCUUUUCUCUUUAUUCUUUAAUUGUAAACAUUAAUUUGGUUUGGAAUACAUAGAAGUUGUCAUAUCCUGUCUACUUGCAUACAUAUAAUAGAAGAAGCAUAAACUUAGCAUUUGCCCAUAAAACACAGAAGGAAUCCAUUGUCCAUUUCAACAAGCACAGCCUUUCCCUUUCUUAAUUCUCAUCAAUGUUCUCUACUUGAAGCAAACUUUUUCCCUGCACGUCUUUCUUUCUUUUAUUCAUUUGGACAAACCUGUGUAACAAGCACUUCAAAGCUUGAAUGGUUCAUCCCAUCAAAAUUUGGAUGCCCUCGCUUCUUUUUCUCUCCUUUGGCUCUACCUGGUACUAUCGCUGCAUCGGCCUCGACCCUUAGAUAUAUAUAUAUAAAUUUAUCCCCAUCUUCAAUAAAACUGCACUGCUUCUUUUAGUAAUAGAAAGAAAGGAAGGAUGAUGAUGAAAUCAUAUAAUUCUGAGAAAAUAUCCAUAUUUCAGACGCCAAUAAGGAAAGUGAAGUGUACUAGGUUUUUGAUCACGGUUAAUGUCCUAGGAAGUGCUGGACCGUUGAGGUUUGUUGUGGACGAGAAUGAUAAGGUUGGUAAAGUCGUUGACACUGCGCUCAAACAGUAUGCUCGAGAGGGACGACUUCCAAUUCUGAGUUCUGAUGUCAACGAUUUCUUUUUAUACUCAGCCAGUGCUGGAAUUGAUGCUCUGGAAGCAUCAGACUCGAUAGGGUCAUUAGGAGUGAGGAAUUUCAUCCUGUGUAAGAAGCAAAAACAGCCAGUGAUGACAGAAGGACGGGGACAUGAUCAGAUUGCUCAGAAUGGAAAAAGGGGCUGGAAGGCUUGGCUGACUAAAUCCUUUAACUUCAAGGUUCAUUCCCAUUGAAUCACACAGGGACACUUUCGUGUGUCUUUGUUAGCGUGGUUUCAUCAAGUCUGUAAUAAUUUACUUCUGUUGUUCUCAAGCAUUUGCAGUUGCAUUAAUAAAUGAUGUAGUAUAUGCAUGUGUGCAUCAAUUUCUAAGUUACUGAUCAAAUGAGAUAUGAGAAUCAACUUCCUUUUUCUGCCUUCA